GUGAUGUUGGGGAUCUUCUUCAGUGCAAAGUCUGCUGUGCUGAUUGAGGAUGUGCCCUUCACUGAGGAGGACAUCCGCAAUGAUAAGAACCCUCCGGGAACCAUCUAUGGACUCUACAACCAGGUGGGCAUCAACUGCUUCAUUGCAGCAGCCAUCUAUGUUGCAGUGGGGGCGGUGUCACUCUGCCAGGUCAGACUCAACAAGAGGCAGGAGUACAUGGUGACAUAAAUUCCCCUGAAGCAUCAGAAGAUUAUACACACACUAAUUUAAGUUCUCAAGGGAAGCAACCUUAUAAAAAGCUAUUUGUAUAGUAAAACAUUGAACAUUGAAGUCCUUUCUGUUAUGCUAUUGAUUGAAAUGUUAUCAUUCUUUGUAUUUGCAUACAACUAUUUAUUGAAUUGACCUAAACUGUAACCCAUCAAUGCUAACUGACAAUAUUGAUAAUGAUCAAUAAAAAUGUAAGUCUUGUUCCGCUCAUGGACCAAACAUUACAUUCAUGCUAGAUAACUGACCACAAAUUCCUAGAUGCAACUCAACAGACCACUACAGUUACGGAAAUAUGUAAUUAUCUCCUCUUUCAGCCUGAAUUGACAGCAAAUUGAUAGAUGGUCAGUGUCUGUCAGGCAAAUCAAGAGAUAUGUCAAAAAUGGCUAAAUAUA